CACCGGCGUUAAAAUGGCAGACCUUAAAAAUGACGUCGAUAGUGAUUUGGAUCAGAAUUACUCAUUGAACAGUAAUGCAGAUCCGAAGAAUAUGCAGGAGUUGACUAUAUACGUGCAAAAUCUGCUGCAGAACGUGCAAGACAAAUUCCAAACAAUGUCGGAUCAAAUAAUCACACGCAUCGAUGAUAUGGGCAAUAGAAUAGAUGACUUGGAAAAGAGCAUCGCAGACUUAAUGAAUCAAGCGGGUGUCGAGGGACCGGAAAAAUAAAAACAAUAAAACAAGGAAGCAAUUUUAUAAAAACGAAAAAUGAAACGUAAUAAAAUUGCCAACGCUAAAUGAAUGUAAAAAAGCGGAAUGGUAACCUCAAUUUUUUCGUGUAACUUUUAUCAAUAACGAUAUGGCGUAAUUAAGACACAUUAAUGAAUUACAAAUUAUUCAAGAAUAUCACAAAUAUACUUACAUACAAACAUACAUGCACAGAACAUUUCAGUCAACGACCCCAAGUUUGCACGUACAUACAUAUGUAUGUAAAUGCAUUAUUCAAUGAUAAUAUGUAAAAUAAUUGGCUCAAAUGAAACAUAAAAUAUUAAAUUAAGUUAUAAUUUUAAAGAGCAUACCUACUCGAAAAACAAAACUUUGCCAAUUUUUAAAAACGAGAAUAUGUUGACACUUUCAUUAGAAAUCAAAUUUAAGCAUUAUAAAUCGUAUAAAAAUAGAAAUGAACUGCAAAAAGUGAAUAUGUAUUUAAGUUCAUUUUAUUAAAUUUAAAUAAUUUUUCUUAGUUAUAAUUGUUUCAUACUAUUAAUUAUACGUAACAAUAAAUGAAUUAGAAUACAUAUUAAACCAUAUAAAUGCA